AUGAAGAAACCUGUUGUCAAACCAGUUGCAGCCGAUGGUUUCCUUAACAAUGUAGACAUCGGUUUAACCGACUUUCCAAAAUUACCUUGUACAUGUACUCCAAGCCAUAAAUGGGUCCUUCACAUUAACGACCAUUACAGCAAAUAUACUUGGCUCAUUCUACUGUAACAUGCGAGGCGGUUGUACAAGCGCUGGAAAGGGUUUUUUCAUGUUUGGAUUUCCAAAGACUUUGCAUACCAAUAAUGGAAAGGAAUUUAUAGGCAUAAAAAUGCAACAAUUCUGUCAUUCAUAUUCUAUUGCACAAGUUCAUGGAGCCCCGAGGACUCCCACUACACAGGGACUGGUCGAACGAGGCAAUCGUACUUUCAAAGAAAACUUAAGUAAAAUUCUUAGAGAGAAAAAAGCUGAGCUCAACAAUUGGUGCUCUGAAGCCGCUUACAAAAAAAACAUCACCAUGCACAUGAUGCAACCAAAGAAAUUCCAUUUACUGCUACGUUGGGAUUCAACCAUGGAAGGAAACAAACCAUAA